AUGGACGUCUGGCUACAAACACACCUUGACGAAUUUCGACAGAAGCCAGCUUCCAGCCUUUCAUAUUCACAAUCUCUAACGCUCGAGAUGUUGAAGGAUUUGGAGAAUUUACAACAAGAAGGCGCAUCUGAUGAAGAAAUGCAGUGCCGCAUAUCAGCGACGGCAACCAAGCUUAACCAACAUAACAAAGAUAUCGACAGAGAAAUCGAGCGACACCAUUUAGAGCAACAGAAGGAACACUACCAAACUAUGCUUGACGCUGUUCAGGUUUUUCAAGAUAAAACGGAAACAUUGACUGAGGGUAAUGGAGAUGAAUGGGAGAAGGUUGAAAAAGCUUAG